CACCUUGCCGCACUGGACUCCGGUUUAGUGUCUGUAAUCAUGGCCGACAAAGAUUGGAAAGAGUGUAUCAAAAGUCUGAAAGGGGUUGUGUUAGAUAUGUGCGGUGUUUUGUAUGACAGUGGAGAAGGAGGUGGUAUUCCCAUUCCUGGCUCGGUAGAAGCAGUUAAAAGGAUCAAGGCUUCGGACCUGCAGCUUCGAUGGGUCUGGCCAUUGAUGAUGGUGCCCGUGAUCAUGUUCAAUGUCUUCCCUGCAGAUUUGUUGCCAGAGUUCAAGGACAUUGAUAAUACGAACCCGAACUGUGUGGUCAUUGGAGACGCAGCGGACAAGUUUUCCUAUCAGAACCUGAACGAUGCCUUCCGGGUCCUCAUUCAGCUGGAGAAGCCUGUGCUCUUUUCUCUGGGCAGAGGGCGCUACUACAAAGAGACGGAUGGACUGAAGCUGGACGUUGGGGUCUACAUGAAGGCCCUGGAGUAUGCCUGUGACGUGGAGGCGGAGGUAGUGGGGAAGCCAGCCCCGAUGUUUUUCCAGAGCGUUCUGACGGACAUGGGCAUCCAGCCGCAGGAGGCGCUGAUGAUCGGAGACGACCUGAUCAAUGAUGUAGGCGGGGCCCAGAACUGCGGGAUGAGAGGGCUUCAAGUGAGGACAGGGAAGUACAGGCCCGGCGACGAGAAGCACCCUGCAGUGACGGCCGACGGGUACGUGGACAACCUGGCCGAGGCGGUGGACAUCAUCCUGAAGUACAGGGGCCAGUGAGGCCCUGAAAACUGACACCAGACCUGGGCGUCCAUCUUAGAGAACACCCGAUAGCCACAGUUAUUGAAUGCAAAAUGUCUGCUGAAUUCAUACAGUCUUGCCAGUUGGAUUUAGGAGAGGUCUCCACCCUCACUCUGUUCCAUUUGGCUCAUAUGUUUUAAAAGCAAAUUUAAGGAAGUCACUUUUCUCAAUACUUUGAGAAUGUUAAAAAAAAUUUUUGUUGAUGUCAGCCAUAAAUUUAACAAAGAAAUAGGUUGCGCAAGCCACAACGUACACUGAUUGAGUCAUACUCUGAGGAUCAAGUCUUAGUAAUGAGCUUCGUAUGGAUGUCAUUUCCAAUGCAGGGCCUAUCUACUCAGUCUUAACUGGAAGGUGCAUGUUGCCUUAAUUUUAGUGAUGAACAAAAGGUUUAGCAGUACAGGUAGGUUUGACUGGAUCUUUGAUGUGCAAAGCAUGAUAAUUACAUGGGGACACCCAUUUUUUUGUAGUUUGAACAAGUACCAGUUCUGCCAUACAUAGCAUUACUGAGAAGGUUCAUACAGGUAUAGCUGCUAGUUCUGUGUGGUUCAGUAAUGUCAUACAAACCAGAUUAAGGGAUGUCUUUGUGUGAACACUGUCAUGAAUGCACAAGGGCUUUUGAGGAAAGUGUAUCGGUGGCAUAAUGAAACAUUCUGUUCUUCGCGCCUGGCGCGUAAAAAUGUCGUCUGUGCAACUUCUGCCGCUUCGUUGCGCAGAGGAACUUGAAACGCUCACGACAGCUGCGAACAAUGUAGCGCUUCUGUCUCAUUUCGCCUUUGGAGAAAUAAAAGUAGCAAAACUG